AUGAGCUUGGCGGCGGAACCAAGUUACUCUAAAGCUGGAGUAACGCAUGCUAUUCGAAAAAGAUUAAAUUUUUUGGAUGAAAGGCAUUGGAAGAGAUUCUCAGCGAGGCGAUUGGAACUAAUAGAUACAUUAGAUUUAAGCUCGAAAAAGGCAUCAGAACAAGAGCAUCAAAUAAGGGAUGUUGCAGAAAUAUUGAGGUUAGAAUAUGACUACUCAAGUGAUUAUGCUGAUGAUUUCAACAAGCUCGUGAGGGCAGCCGUACAAAGCGUGAGGAGAAACCGCAAAAGGGUUUCAAAGUCCAAAAAGUUUGAUGUCGAGAGAGGUUCCAAAGAACAGGAAAGAAAAAUUUCCAUUAUAAACUCAUCAUUAGAAGGUAUUUCAGGGGCAUCUUCUGAAUCAUCUCUUUAUUUUAACUCAAAUGAUAGGGCAUCGUCUAUUUCUAACAAAUUGGGUGAUUCAUUUACUGAUUCCCUUAAAAGCGGUGAAAAUCUUGCAUAUGAUGACAAAUUAUUAGAGAUCAUGGUUCCAAAGAAGAGUAAAUUCCUCUCCGAAAUAUCAAAGCUAAACUCGGACUCUCAAGAUGAUCUCUAUGACCUCAAUUAUUCCAGAUCGAAGAAUUUUUCGGCGCUUGACAGAUCGAGAGAAGCUAUAGGUUCAAUGUUGGAACCCAAAAUUAAUAACCACACAGCACCAUUUGCUUCUACAAAAUUACCUCCCAUAACAAAUCUAUCUGCGUUUAAACCAUCGUCGUUUACAAAUUUGAAAAAUGUGAACGCUAAAUCCUUGAUUUUGAAUUACAUUGAAAGGUCAAAAACUUGCGCAGCAUCCACAAGAAAGUCAACAGAAAAUAUCGCAGCUUUGGGAAGAGCCUUUAUAUCGGCAUCGAUAGCAUAUACUCUCGAGACAUCAUUAGGGAAUUUGAGUGUUUCAUCAGCGGAGUAUUUAAGGCUGAAACUUGAGCUGAAAGAAUCGAUAGCUAAGAUCUUUAGAGAACUUGAUGUAGAGAAAAACUGUCUGCUCAGCGAUGAUAUAUCAACCGUAUCAUUCAGCACCCUACUCGGUGGAUGUGUUAAAGAUUUCGGUUUUGAUCUUAUAAUGACACCUUUCUGUGAGCUCCUUUUCGUCACAAUUUUGCAUGACUAUCCAUUAAUAUCAAAACCUGAAUAUAUCAAUGACAGAGGGCUGUCACAUUCAAUGGUCACAGAAUCAUUUAAUUCUGGGUCUUUGAGGUCGCUCGCGGCUGUGGCGACUGAUAUUCAAAAGAGCGAGCAACGAUCUACAAAGCUGCCAGAUCAGGUGGCAGCACAACGUGAUUCUACACCAUCUUCCCCAACCAUUGAAAAUGAUGCCAGUUCCGUUGGAAAGAAAAAAGUAACUUUGAGAUUUCUAUCUUCAGUCUUGGAAUUUUACUACCAAAUAAAGAAUUCAGCACCUCCUAGGUACUUAGAGAUUCUAGAGAACGCAAGAUCAGCUUUCAAUUUAUCACUUAAUGACGUUGUUUUGACAAUCAGAAACUCUGCGGAUGGAUUAAUUGUCAAAACAGAUGGUGAUUUGGAAAAAAUAUUUACGUCCCAAGAUGACAUCGAACUAGAAAUAUUGGCGCAUGGCUCAUCAACAAUCUCUGUCAGCGAAAUUGCAUCGGCAGUGCAACCAAACGAUUAUCAAAAUGAUCCACCGCGUAUUAUUUUACCUCAUCCUUAUCACAACCCAGUUGUUGCAAGAAAUCAGCCACGAAACGGGACAAAUGACAAACCCAACCAACCAAUGAACUUUCUAUCAAAUCAAGACGAUGCAUAUCCUCCUUCAAAGAGAUUUCAACCAUUGCUAUAG